CAAUUAAUGUCUACUAGUAAAUAAGCUUGGUAUUCACCCAAUUGCUUUCAAUAUCCUAAUUGCCAGGGAUGUCUUUUUCUCUGAGGAAGCAUCAAGUCUAGCAAGGUUUAACGAGCUUUUCCGUUCGACAAAUAAAUAGCGUCUCAAGGACCUGACUAAUGAAUUGGUGCGCAUGCGUUAAAGUGGAAAGUUUAUUUUUGAUCAGUCAGUCGAUGUGAACAUUGCCUCCGAAUUGAACCUGAAAACAGAUCUGAUAGUGUUCGAGCUCGAGGGCUAUAUAAAUGGUAGAACCGUGGCUGAUUCAACAUCAAGGGCACUUAGAUACAGUUGUACUGAAUGCCGACUGUUCACUUAAUGCAGGAUACCACAGUGRCAUAUGAUUUCACGCAAUGAGAAAGCCACUUCUAUUCCAACGGUGCCAACUGAUACAACAUGGCUCCCUGUUUACUAAAUACAAAUGCGAAACAAAUUCUAUCCUUCGGAGGGAACAGCAGCCAACCUGGGCGCUUGAUAAACUGUAGCAACACGAAUUUCUCCUUCGUAAAUAAUGAGACAAAGGACUUGGAUAAUCUUGAGGAGGUUAACCUUGGUAAAUCUAUAAUGAUGCUCUUCGCUAUCGGCGUAGCAGUGAUGGGGAAUUUCUUCAUAAUCUUUACUUAUUGUAAGAAUUUUAAAAUGAGAACGAUAACUAACACUUUGGUCGUAAAUCUAUGUGCAGCUGACCUUCUUUCAUCGAUUUUUGAUCUUCCAUUUUGGUUAAGCUUGACACUAGGCUCCACACUGUACAAGCAAUUUACGCUGUGCCGUAUUAUUUUUUGCUUUGAGGAUCUUUUUCAUAUAGUAGCCAUACUAACCAUGUGUGGAAUCGCUAUAGAUCGCUACGUUACACUAGUCAAAGGCCUUCGUCGCUUGAUGACUCAUAGACGAGCUCAUCUCCUGAUCGUUUGGUCGUGGAUCCAAGCGCUUAUAUCAGCUGCUCCUUGGAACCUAAUCCAUAAACUACACGGCUCAAAAAGAUGUACUACUUUUCCCCAUUUUUACGAACCAUCAAUCCGCAUCGAAGUGUUUAAUAUUUUCCUUAAAGUCAUAAAUAUUGUAUUUCCAUUUCUACUUUGUUACUACGUCUUUUAUCGCAUCAUUCAAGCUGUUCGGGGGCGAAGUAAAGUCAACAUUGACAACAAUUAUGUUUCACGGAACUACAGCGCCGAGAGAUUCGCUGUUGAUGCUUACAAACGUUCUUCCAAGACGGCAAUUAUUCUUUUUUUAAUGUUUUUUAUCUGUACUUUCCCUGAACUUUGUGUUACAUUUUGGAGCGUUAUAACCUCUGACAAAGUUGGUUUUGGCAUUGGUUUCAUCACGUAUUUUAUUUUCACUUUAAAGCGAUCGCUUUUUCCAGCUAUUUACAUAUUUCGAAAUCGCGUUAUCUGGAGUUAUAUUCACGAAACUUUGACUUGUGCCUUUUGCCGAGGAAAUGGCAAUUCUAUUCACAAUGACUCCUUAUCCUACGUACCUGCUGAUCAAAGUAUAAGUUGUUUUACAGUUUUUGGGAGGAAUUUUUAUCGCUCUCGUAUAGAUCCUUCCGUGUUUGACGGCGAGAAAAACUAUUUCCCUAAAAACCUCGAAGUUUGCUUUGUUUGCGAUGGAAAAGAAGUCAUUGCUGUAGGAGAUAAAUUUACGGAUAUAACCAAAGUGGAAGAGAAAAAAGUCAACCCUUCUUCGAGCUCAGUAAACUAGUUCACCAUCAUUUUAAAUCUUCAUCCUUUUUUGUAUGGAAGACGUGAGAAAGCGAAUUUAAAAUGGAAAAAUUAUUUGAAAAAGCGAAUAUUGUUUAACCUGAUAUGUUUAGAUGUCAGCCAUGAUUAUUUGUAUUUAGAAUGACAAAUCACUGACCAUCGCCAGAAAAAUCAACUUCAAAUAGCAUAUGGAAAUUUGCCAUUAUCCUCUCUCCAAGUCUCCAAUAUGUUUUGCAAUCUUGUUUUAGAAGUAGAGAGUCAUUUCAAAUUCAAUUAAUUUCCUUCCAAUGAACUCUUCAUUAUUUAUCUUGCCUUGUCUUGUAACUGCUGAUGUCAUGAAAAUAGUUAACUAAAUGGCAGCGCAAAAAUGAGUUUUUUCUAAUGAUAUGACGAAAAGAUCUGUAAUAAAUAAUUUAAAAAAAUGUCGCUACAAAUAAAUAACAUCUU